AUGGAGACAUCGACCCCCUCAACAACGGUUGACAUCCAGACAAAACGUGAUGUUACCAGGCAGUUUACUGUGAACGUCGUACCAAGAAUUACAGACAGGGUUCCGGUGACAUCCUUCAAGUAUCCUGGAGUCGACAUUGUUGCUGAUGAUGAUACAGUUGGAGAGGUUGUUGAUGUGCUCAUUGGGAAUGACUACUUUGGCGCUAUCCUCACAGGAAGAAAGAUCCAGGUGUCCGAAGACUUUUGGUUAUUGGAUACGGAUUUUGGAUGGGUGCCUUCAGGGAAGCUUGCUCCUGAAGAAAGAAGCGGAGUACUCUCAGUGGUCACAUACUGUCAAUGUCAUACUCCUAGCUGCCCAUAUUUCAGCGAGCCAGAUCUGCCUUUAAGAAACAUAGAUGUAAGGUUCUUAUGGUCAUUAGAGAACCUAGGGAUUACGGACUCUCCAAAAGCUACGAGACAAGAAGAAGCAGUUCGUCACUUCAAUGAGACAGCGCAACAUCAGGAAGGCCGGUACUUAGUGAAAUGGCCCUGGAUUGAGUACCCACCAGAUUUGCCAUCAAAUUUUGGGUUGGCCUUAGGUCGACUGAAGAGUAACCUGAAAAGACUAGACUUGCAGUUGAUUAAGGAAUAUGACUUGAUCUUGAAGGAACAACUUGACCUCGGAAUUAUAGAAGUCGUUACUAGAGGGUCAGACUUGAACGGGGACCACCCAAUUCACUACCUCGCCCACCAUAUGGUGAAACAAGAUGGCGGCGGCAAGGGGAGGAUAGUAUACGACGCUAGUGCCAAAAGUACUGGACAGAAAAGCCUCAAUGAGUGCCUUUACAGCGGACCUUCUAUGUUAGAAGACCUAACGGAGUUACUUUUGAAGUUCCGCACGAAGAGGUAUGGCAUACUGGCUGAUGUAGAAAAGGCGUUCCUACAAGUAGCACUUCAAGAGGAUGAUCGCGAUGUCACAAGAUUCCUCUGGUUAAAGGACACAACCAAGGAAGCGACGGAGGAUAACCUGCUAUAUCUGAGGUUCUGCAGAGUACCAUUCGGAGUUGUCGCGAGUCCAUUCUUACUGACAGCAACAAUCCGACAUUACAUAAGCCAGUCAAACAAGGCCUUGCUGAAACAAGUCGCUGACAAAUGCUAUGUGGAUAACCUAGUGACUGGAGCCGAUGGCCUGCAGGAGGCUAAGCAGAUCUAUGAGCAAACCAGAACAGUGUUUGAACAGCUGUCUAUGAAUAUGAGGGACUGGAUCUCAAACAACCAGAGCUUUAUGGACAUGAUACCAGAAUGUCAUAGGUCAGUCAAACAUGGACAGGUCAAAGUGCUUGGACUUAUGUGGAAUGUCGAAGAAGAUACGCUGAAACUGAAUUUGACUGAGAACCACUUCAGCACAAAUCCUCCUAUUGACACAAAAAGAAAAGUUCUUCGGGCUCUAGCACGUGUGUAUGACCCAUGUGGUUUUGUAUGCCCAUUAAUGUUGUCAAUGAAGCUGAUCUUCCAGAAUAUCUGUGAAAAGAAAUGUAAAUGGGAUACAGAACUACCUACGGAGAUGACACAGUCUGUGAAGAAAGUCAUGGAAGGUCUGAAAUCCAUAGUGGACACAGAGGUGCCUAGGUAUAUCGGGACAGAUAUCUCAAGGAGUGAUCUUAAAUAUCACUUGCACUGCUUCACAGAUGCCUCCAAAGACGCAUAUGCUGCCGUUAUCUACCUUAAAGUGAUUGAAGAUGGACAAGGAAAAUCAGUCUCGCUUUUGAUGGCAAAAUCACACGUGUCACAGACCAAAGACAAGGAUGAAUUAAAAAUUCCCAAAUUAGAAUUACUAGGAUUUCUGAUUGGAAGCAGACUCCUGAAAUAUGUAAGGAACAACCUUGAUCUUGACAUUGAGAAAGAAUAUUUGUGGUCAGAUAGUUUGGUUGUACUUAGUUGGAUGAGGUCAAACAAACUGCUCCCACCCUUUGUUGCCAACAGGGUAAACGAAAUCAAGCGUGACCAUCCUAACACAGAGAUGUUCUACGUCCACACAAAAGCAAAUCCUGCUGAUAUUGCUACGCGUCCCGAGCUGUUUGGAGAGAAAAGGCAACUUUGGUUUAACGGACCGCAGUUUCUUGCCAAGGAAGAAUCAUGCUGGCCCCAAAAUAGACUCUAUGAGGCACAUCAGAACCUUCUUUCUGUUGGGGAGGUCCUGGGUGACGACCCAGGUGAGCCGACACAGGUAGUACCCAUUGGUGAUGACGCUGACCAGAGUGAGGACCUAGAGCAAGGAAGUCCCAGUGAUCCCGUUGAACUAAUGGAUACCCAGGAUUUAAGCAUGCCUACAGAGAGUGGUGAAUAUCCUACUGAUGGAAACAUGGAACUUGACAAUCCUGAAAAUCAUAGCGAAGGAGACAUCCAGCAGCAGACCAUUGUUGCCAAAAUAGUGUCCGAGAUAAAAGAUCUACAAAGAAAGCACUUCCAAGAAGAACUAGAUGGUAAAAGGACUCAUUUAGCACGAAACCUAGAUCUCUUUGUUGAUGUGGACGGCCUUCUUAGGUGCCGUGGGCGUAUGGCAAACACCACCUGGAGCUAUGACAUGAAGUAUCCGAUACUAUUGCCAAAGAAUUCAGAGUUCACUGACAGAAUCAUAAAGGAGACUCAUGAGAGUAACUACCACGUUGGUGCUCCACAUACAUUGAGUAUCAUCAGGGAACGGUAUUGGAUACCCCAAGGGAAAGCCCAGGUGAUGAAGGUGUUAAAGCGAUGUACCCAGUGUGUCAAACACGGCGGCGGUCCGUAUCGUUUACCAGCCACACCGGCGCUGCCUCCAGAACGAGUAAAUUACAACAGACCCUUUACUUACACUGGUGUUGAUUAUCUAGGACCGUUAUUUGUCAGUACCCAGACUGGUAAAGAGAAACGUUGGGUAGCCUUAUUCACUUGUUUGACAGUAAGAGCGAUACAUCUCGAGAUCGUGAAGGACCUCUCGGCUGAAGAAUGUCUCCUAGCAUUGCGACGGUUUAUAGCUGGUAGAAACAAACCACAACGGAUGUACUCAGAUAAUGCGACUUGUUUUAAGUUGGUCGCUGCAAUGGUACAACAGCCAUACUGCGUUAAGAAUGACAUACAGUGGAAAUUCAUAUGUCAACUAGCACCGUGGCAUGGAGGGUUUUACGAGCGGCUUGUGGCCUUGGUGAAGCAUUGUCUUAAAAGAACCCUAGAAAAACACCUUCUCAAUGAUACCAGGUUACUGACGGUGAUAAAGGAAGUGGAAACAGUGCUGAAUUCAAGACCACUGACCAGAGUCGGUACAGAUGUGGAACAUGUUCUCUGCCCGGCAGAUUUCUUAAGCCUAGGACAAUGUUUGACUAUGAGACCAUCUGCUGCUGAUAUUCCGACUUGUAACACUGUUACAAAGAGUGACCUGUUUGAGAGCUGGAAGAGAGGAUACAAUAUUCUAGCAGAAUUUAAGAGAAUGUUCGUCAUGCAGUAUCUUGCUAGUCUGAGAGAGAGGUACAACAACUCACCCAAGCAGCCUAGAGUUAAAUCUUAUCGAUCACCACAAGUAGGCGACGUUGUACAGGUUAAAUCGGAUCUCAAGAACAGAAACCUCUGGAAAGUGGGGAAGAUCCACGAGCUGAUCAAGGGAAGUGAUGGUGAAUGUAGAGUAGCGAGGGUCAAGGUUGACGAUUCUACUUUAACACGUUCCAUUGGCCAUCUCUACCCUCUGGAGGUAGAUGACGAGACGCCUGAGGUAGAACCUGUAGCGGGAGGUUCGGCUGAGAUUGGAGAGGACAGCAGGGAGUUGGGAGUUCCAAACAGAGUGAAUGAUCAUCACGUACCUGUGCUCGUUGAACAACCGGAGGUCGACGCGGAUGAUCUGGCAGAGUGUGACAUGACCAGUCACAAUGAAGUCCCACCACCAGAGGAACAGCCAGAGGAAAGAGGCGUUGGCAGAAGCAAGCGGAUCGCAGCCAUUCGUGCCAGGGAUAAAAUCCUGGAGUGGACGCGACACCUGCUCGCCCUGCUGCAUUAA